CAAAUAAAAACAUUAUCUCUACUUAAUAGCAAAUGCAUUCAGCUAAAAAGAAAUAUUUUCCCUUAUUUCUUUAGCAUUAUAUCAUCAACAUUUAUCAAUUACCAGGAAAUUCCUUCAGCUUCGGCUUCGGCUUCGGCCAAAAAAUUAACCUUUGGGCGGACUCUAACUGUUACGCAACUUUAGGUCACACAAUGUGCAAGUUUUAUACAUAAAAGCGCCCCUGGACAGAUCCCACGGUCAAUUUUCCCGACAACAAGGGACAAUCGCCAUCUCUUGCCAUUUUCUGCCGGAACACGGUCAGUUCGAAUUCCUAUAAGAAGUAUACAUACGGUCUGCGACCUGCAACGUUAAGUUUUCAGUAGAUUAUAUCAAGAAGCGCGCUUUUCGGUGGAUUCCCCAACUUUCUCACGUAGCAAGAAAUGUGCAUAUCCGACCCUGCUCUCCCAACGAUGUCGAUCGUGAGGAUCGGCACAAAAGAUGGACCUUUUCAUUGCGCUGAGGUUCUUGCCUGCGCACUAUUAAAGCUGCUACCACAGUAUAAGAAUGCGUCUAUAGUGAGAUCUCAAGAUCGGAGUGUCUUAGAUAACUGUGAUAUCGUAGUAGGUGUUGGCGGCGAGUAUGAUUCUCCCAGACAUCGAUACGACCAUCACGUGAGAGAAUUCCAGGAAUCAGUGAGUACUAUUAUAAAGAAAUCAGGGUACAACUGGACAAAUAGAUUAAGCAGUGCGGGUUUGAUCUACUGCCAUUUUGGUCAUGAUAUAUUGAAGAGAAUACUUUCGGACGUAACCAAGGACAUACUUGAGGAUACAAUCGUUGAUGAAAUCUUUAAGAUCAUUUACGAUACGUUUAUCCAGGAAAUCGACGCCAUAGAUAACAAUGGGCAAAUUUAUCGAUCAAUUACCGAUUUAAGCGCGCGCGUAAGCAGAUUAAACUACCAGGAUGAGAAUAUCGAGACACAAUUUGAGAAAGCCAUAGCUUUGGCUCAGAAUGAAUUUUUGGAAAUUUUCCACGUCACGAAGAACAUUUGGUUACCGUCAAUUAUAGACAUGCGAUGUGCUAUAGAGAAUCGGUUCGAAGUUGAUUCGAGCGGAGAGAUAGUAAUGGUGCCACAAUUAUCGCGAUGCCAAAAUAUGUGGCGGUUUGUGUUUUAUUUGGCAGAGGAAAUGAACGUCUCGCCAUCAAUAAAGUACGCUAUUUCUAAGACUGGGAAUAGUUAUCGUAUUAGGUGUAUGCCGGAUAGUCGGGUUAGUUCCGAGCGUGCAAUGUUAUUGCCGGAAGCGUGGGGCGGUUUGAAGAGUGAUGCCCUUGUAAAAGUCUGUGGAAUUGAAGGCGCUAUACGUGUAGAUUCCAAUCGGAAAACCGGCGUUCACAAAACUAAGGACGGCGCUAUGGCCAUGGCGCGGAAAGCGCUCAAAAUUGUGAAAACUGUGCAAGAUCGGGAAGAGAUGGAACCACUUAGACAGCAAAAUUCUCCCCAGCUUGUACCGCAGGUGCCUCCGCAGCCUCCACAAGCAUCUGGUGUCAACCCUAUCGGACCACAGCAGCAACAGCAGCAGCAACCGCAAGAACAGCAACAGCAGCAAUCUCAAAAUAAUGCUGGAGGUGAGUACCAUUCUACCGGUACAAACACACCGGAAAAGACGGAAGAUAACGAUUCGGAAAACAAGGAUCAACAACAGACGAAGUAUAACCUUUGUUAUUAUCGAACGAAGUGUAAUAAUUUGAAAAAAACUACUUUUAUAUGGAGUAUUUCUAAUUUUUGGGAGAAAUGCAGCUUUGCUGAAACUUUACAAUCUAGUAACAUCGAAAGACAGCCCUUUAACCUUAAGAUGUCUACUGAUAUAAAAAAUAAAAAAAUAAGUUUCUCUAUUUGUCUUACUGAUAACAAAUCUAAAGCUAAGAUUUGUAUUCAGGUAUAUAAAAUUUAUAUCAAAAGUAAAAAGGGACCAUCAGCCAUAGUUUCAGACUGGAAAAAUUUUUUUUCAAAUACUAACUCGUUAUAUGACGUAUCUCUUGAAACUCUUCGCAAAGAUGAGUCGAAAUAUUUAUCUAAUAACACACUUUCGAUAUGCUUUAUAUUUAAAACAUGCAAAGAUAGUUUAUUACAUAGCUCUAUGAAUGAUUUCACUUCCGAUGAUUCAAAGAUUACAUUUGUAAUAGAAGGUAGAGAGUGUCUUGUAAAAAGAUGGAUAUUAAAAAAUGUGAACAAUACUCUCUUUAAGGAUAUAAUAAAAAAUUUUGAUACAGAAAAAAGUGAGAAGGAAAAACUUAUGCUAAUAGAUAAAGUAAAGUACGAUGCUUUCGCAAUUGGCGAUACGCUAUUUAACAUUAAAAACAUUGAAUUGUUCGUAUAAAUUAGAAUUAACAGUAAAUGAAACGCAAGACACUUACAUAGAUCGGAUUUGUGAUCUCCUCGUAGCAGCUAAUGAAUUUGAUAUAAAAGGUCUUAAAAAUUUGUGUGAAAAUCGUCUCAUGCAACAUAUGCCAACAUAUGCAACAUAUACAAAAGAUAGACUUGUAGAACUUUUAAAUAUUGCAAUUACAAACGAUGCAGAACAGUUAAAGAGUUAUGUAAUAAAACAAAUCAAAUUAAACUUAAAUUAUCUUGAUGACAUGGAAUUGUUUAAAUGGUUAGGACUAAUAGGAGAAAAUCGUGAGAUAUACAGAGAUAUACAACCAAAACAUAUCUAAAGAAGAUGCUAUAUAUACUCUAAAUAUCAUAAUGAUAAUUAGUUGUAAUAGAAAAUCGAACUAAACUUUAACUGUAAAUUAGAUCUUUGUUUACGAGAUUAACUAUUCUGCAUUAAUUUGGUAAUCUUAACCUUCAAUUAGCACACCUCGGUUGGGCCCCCUCAAAUGCCACACUAGUGCGAUUUGAGAUUUUGACAACUUUUAACUGUCGUAUCUCAGUCAUUUUUAAUAAAAAUUUAUGUAAAAUUUUCCUGGCAAUCGAGUAGUGCACUUUUUUUUAGGAAAAAGAAAUGAUUUUUAUAUAUAUGUCUUUUUUCAGCUAUACGCCAAGAAAGAACUUGGUUUACAAUUCUACUUAACACACAUCCAUCCACACGUCAAACAUCAUUCUUCUUUACAAACAAGUCGCCGCAGUACAUUAUUAUUUACAUUAUCAUUAUUAACAAAUAAAGUACUUU